CGAGUUGUUUCCCUUAGGAGUCGUGUUGCACAACUUCCGAGUAACUCGUUAUCUAUUUUUGGAUGUGUCGUCUUGUUUAAGGUGGAACAUUAUAUUUAAGAAAGCCACAUGCCCAUCCGAAGCACAGAAGUUGCUCUUACACGACUAGACAAUUGUCUAACCUGGCAUCGUCAACUAGCGGCAGCAGGAAAGAAGGUGACAUCACAACGAUGGCUACAGCAACAAAAUGCGAGACCCCACAAAGUGAAGGAGGUCCGGUUGAUUAAGACAGCUUUCCCCAAUGGCUGUCGAAUCAUAAAAGACAUAGGCAUGUUUACACAUGUCGUUACAGUUCAGCCAGCUGACAUGGAUGUAGUUCUGAAGUUUCAGCUGACAGGUUCUUACCCAUCAGUCAUUCCAGAGAUCGCUGUCCGAUCUGAGAGUUUGAGUGAGGAAGAUGGUGAUGAGUUGAAGUGCCACCUAAGCACUGAGGCUGCAAAGCUGCUAAACCAGCCCAUGAUACGGACUUUGGUUACUUUUGCUGAAGAAUGGCUCAGAAGUCAUGGUGUACAUCCAGGAAAAUCUGUAAAAGCUAGCACUGAUGUGGUCCUGGACAAUAAAAAAAAGCAGAAGAAGAAGAGAUCAAAAAAGACAAAAAGUGAAGAUGAGGAAGAAGACAAGAAAAUACCCUCGAUGAAAACAGCAGAAGAUGUUAUCAAACGUAUUUUGUGGGAUGACAAAUUAGAUAAAGAUGACUUCCUGGUUGGUUAUCUGGACAGAUUUAAAGGUAUUGUGGAGAAAUAUUUUUCUGCCUUUUCAUGGGAAGAUAUAGCCACUGUUGAUUAUGAUGUACUUGCUGUUCCUAAGCAUCGUAUUCAAUACUUCAAGUACCGUGAAGAGAAAAUCUGGGACAAACCAUCACGUCUUGACAAUGUGUUUGGCUCAAGGGGCAGUGGAAUUACCAUCUAUGAUGUUAUUGAACGGUAUCAACCGCCCUCACAACAAUCUGAAGUGUCUUCUGUGCCUGAUCAGCCACAAGAGUCAAAUGGAACAGCUGUAGGUGAACAGAAUAAUAGUGAAGAUUAUGACAGUGAAGAUGAUGAUAGUGAUGAUGGUAUCAUUGUCACUAUUGGUGCAUCAGUCAAUACUGGCUAUACAGGAACACAAAAUCAGCUAGAAUUUGGACCAGAUGCAGAUGAAGAAAAACAUUCAUACUGGGAAGACAAAUUGCGUCCUAACUAUUUCUUGGCUGUGCGCAUCACAGACGGAGAUAUACUGCAGGCAGUGGAACAGGUACAAGACUACCUACUGGACAAUGAACCAGUGCUGGGGCCAUGCUGUAUUCCUCCUAAAGCUUUACACAUUACACUGUGCACACUUGGACUUGACACUGCAGAACAGAUUAACCAUGCAGCUGAGGUUCUGAAAAAUAUUCAGCUAGAAAUUGCUUCAUCUCUUCCUAAAGAGCCUCUUCGCCUUGAUGGUGUCUCUAACUUCUUCAACCGUGUUGUAUAUGCAAAAGUGCACUACCAACAGGAUUUUAUUAAAUUUGUAGACCACUUAAAACUGUUGCUGAGAGAAUCAGGAGUUGAGAUCCGUGACAACUAUGAGUUUGUGCCCCACAUGACCAUUAUGAAGGUGAGCAGACCUGUAGCACGAAUAAGAGGCUCCAAAAAUAUAGAUCCCUGGUUGUAUAGCAACUUCUCAGACUUUCUUUUUGGGCAGCAAGUGGUUGAUGGUGUCUAUUUAUGUUCCAUGGGAGAUGAACGAAGACCAGAUGGUUUUUAUGUUUGUCCAGCAGAAAUUCACUUUAGGUAAAGUGAGGACCAGCUACCUUGUAUAAAAAAUGUACCAUACAUUCAUUGAAAUGAAUAAAAUUAGAAGUUUUAUUUUGUAUCUGAAGAAAAGCAGCCAAAUGUUUAUUCUAAAAACUUGACUAACUGAAAAAUGUUUCAAUGAAUUAUUCAAAUAUAACAUGAGAAUCAUGUUGAAAUUGGUAUAUGCUCAAUAAAUAGAAUGUUUGUAUCAGAUAUCUUGCACACCUGAUUAUGUAUUAUUUAUUUAUAUGUACAUGAAUGCCUUUUCUGACACUUCAUUUUUAGUUCUCUGUAAAUCACAGCAUAUUGAGUUGCUUGGGAUGUGAAUUCUGUACUAAGAACAUUUUGCCAUGCUAAUUGGUAAGUCUAUGUACACAUUAUUGUGUGGUAUGAAACUGAAACUGUGCACAAUUUUUCACUAAAAAUGUAAUAAACACAGAAAAAGAGAUGUUAUAAAAAUA